AGGAAGCAAGGAAGGAAGGAAGGAAGGGAGGGAGGGAGAGAGAGAGAGAGAGAGAGAGAGAGAGAGAGAGAGAGAGAGAGAGAGAGAGAGAGAAGAGAGAGAGAGGAGAGAGGAUGGAAAGGAUGGCAGCAAGGAAGCAAGGAAGGAAGGAAGAGAGGGAGAGAGAGAGGAGAGAAAGAGAGAGGAAAGAUAGAGAGGAUGGAAGAAAGGGAGCAAGAAAUGAAGGAAGGGAGAGAGACAAAGAGAGGGAGAGGAGAGAGAGAGAGAGAAGAGAGAGAGACAGGAGAGAGAGAGGAGAGAGAGAGGAGAGAGAGAGGAGAGAGGAGAGAGAGAGGAGGGAGAGAGAGAGGAGAGAAGAGAGAGAGAGGAGGGAGAGAGAGAGGAGAGAAGAGAGAGAGAGGAAGGAGAGAGAGAGGAGAGAGGAGAGAGAGAGAGAGAGGAGAGAGGAGAGAGAGAGGAGGGAGAGAGAGGAUGGAAGGAUGGAAGGAAGGGAAAGAGAGAGAGGAGAGAGAGAGAGGAGAGAGAGAGAGAGGAUGGAAGGAAGGAAUGAAGGAAGGGAGAGAGACAGGAGAGAGAGAGAGAGGAGAGAGAGAGAGAGGGGAUGGAUGGAAGGAAGGAAACAAGGAAUGAAGGAAGGGAGAGAAAUAGAGAGGAGAGAGAGAGAGGAGAGAGAGAGAAGAGAGAGAGAAAGGAGAGAUAGAGAAGAAAGAGAAAGAGAGGAGAGAGAGGAGUCAGAAAAAAGAGAGAGAGAGAGAAGAGAGAGAGAGAGAGAAAGAGAGAGAGAGAGGAGAGAGAGAGAGAGAGGAGAGAGAGAAAAAAGAGAGAGAGGAGAAAGAGAGAAAAGAGAGAGAGAGGAUAGAGAGAGGAGAGAGAGAGAAAGAGAGGAGAGAGAGAGGAGAGAGAGAGAGAGGAGAUCGAGAGAGAAUGGAAGGAAGGAAGGAGGAAGGGAGAGAGAGAGAGAAGAGAGAGAAAGAGAUAGAGAGAGAGGAUGGAAGGAAGGAAGGAGGAAGGAAGGGAGAGAAAGAGAGAGAGAAGUGAGAGAGAGAGGAUGGAAAGAAGGAAGGGAGAGAGAGAGGGGGGAGAGAGAGAGGAUGGAAGGAAGGAAUCAAGGAAGGAAGAUGGAGGGAGAGGGAGGGAGAGAGAGGGAGAGAGAAAGAGUGAGAGAGAGAGAAAGAGAGAGAGAGAGAGAAAGAGAGAGAGGAAGGAGGGAAGGAAGGAAGGAAGGAAGGAAGGAAGGAAGGAAGGAAGGAAGGAAAGCAGGAAGGCCUAUUAAGUAUUAGAAGGAGAGACCAUGUCUAAUUGGGAGGUGAUUGUGGAAUUAAGAAAUUUCCCUUCAACAAAUUCUAUCAUAGACUUAGUUGAAGGUAUCAAAUGAGAUGACACAAUUUGAUUAUUAAAUGACAUCACAUAUGUGAAGUAGUUUUGUAAAUCUUAAAACACCAUAAAAACAUCAGCUGUUUAUUUUAAACUUUUAAAUUUGCAAGUGACAAGGUGAAAUUAACAGCAGAAUUACAAGAUCAGGGAGACAUGACUAGGCAGCAGUUCACGGUAAAAGAUCUAGGACUUUUAGUUGGCUAUAAGUCCAAUAUGAGUUAAAAGUGUGAUGUGGAGGCAGCUAGGUAGCUCAGUGGACAGAGAGCCAAUCCUAGGUGCUGGAUUCAAAUGUGAUCUCAGAAACUCCCUAGUUAUAUGACCCUGGGCAAGUCACUUAACCCCGAUUACUUAGCCCUUACUACUCUUCUGCCUUGGAAUUAAUACUUUUGAUUUUAUCUCUAUCUUAAUUUAAUAACAGAUUUCCACAUAAGUUUUCCAAAGUCAUAUGAUCCAUAUUGUCUCCCUCCCUUCUUCCCUUCCCCCUCCUGGAGUUGGCAAGCAAUUCAAUCUGGGUUAUACAUGAAUUAUCAUGUAAAACAUAUUUUCAUAUUGUUCAUUUUUGUUAGUGAAUAACCUUAUAAAACCAAAGUCGCAUUUGGGGUUUUCUUGACAAAUAUUUUGGAAUGAUUUGCUAUUUCUUUCUCCAGCUCAUUUGACAGAUGAGGAAACUGAGAUAAACAGGGUAAGUGACUUGCACAGGGUCACACAGCUAGUAAGAAUGGAGGUCAGGUUUGAAAUCAGGAAGAGGAGUCUUUCUGACCCCCAGGGAUGGCACUCUAUCUCCAGCUGUCCAUAUAUGGAUUAAUGACCCCAUUUCUAUUUGAGUUUGACACAGCUGCACUACAUCAGGCAAUCACUGGGGUGUGGGUGGGAGGAAAAAUCAGUAGCCAUCAAAUACCUGGAGCAUAAAGACUAGACUCAAUUCAGUAUAUCUCCAGUGAUUGGAUUUAGAACCAAUGGACAUAAAUUAUGGCAAGCAGGAUCUUAACAAUUAGAGCUGUCCAAAAAUGCAAUGAGAUGUCUCAAGAAGUCCUGUGUUCUCUCUCUUGGAAAGGGUUUGAAAGGAAGCUGGUACCAUCUCAAAGAGGGAAAGAGGAUGGGAAGGAAGGAGAGAAUUUGGAACUCAAAACCUUUAAAAAAUGCAUGUUAAAUGAUUUAUUGCUUGUUUAUUUGGGUAUAUGUUUAGGGGUUUUGGUUCUAUAAGAUUAUUCUCUUACAAAAGUGGAAAUAUGUUUUGCAUGAUAAUACAUAUAUAACCCAGAUUGAAUUGCUUGCCAGCUCCAGGAGAGGGAAGGGAAGAUGGGAGGGAGACAAGAUGGAUCAUAUGACUUUGUAAAACUUAUGCAGAAAUUUGUUAUUAAGAUAAAAAAUUAACUAAAAUUAUUUUUACAUCCAUUGGGAAAAUAUAAUAAAAUAUUGUUUAAAAAAGAAAGAAAUGGGGGGGGGGGCAGCUAGAUGGCUCAGUGGAUUGAGAGCCAGGCCUGGAGACGGGAGACGGGAGACGGGAGAUUCUGGGUUCAAAUCUGACGUCAGACACUUCCUAGCUCUGUGACCUUGGCAAGUCCCUUACUCCCUAUUGCAUAGUCAUUACUACUCUUUGGCCAUGGAACUAAUACAUGGAAGUGAGAAGCUACUGAUUACAAGAGUGAUAUGGUCAGAUGAAUGCUGGUCACAAUAUGUCGGAAGGAUUAUUGAGUGAAACCGGAAGCAAAGAGAUUGACCACGAGGUUAUUGUGACUGCCUGGACAAAAGGUAGACUGUUCUGCUGUUGCUAACAAGACUAAGGGAAGAAAACAGAUGGAAGGAAAAAAUGAGAGAUUUCUUCCAUAAAGGAAGUGCAUUGAUGACAUGGGGAGUAAUGAAGAAGAAGGUACUCAGGAUGAAGAGCUUCUAGAUCAUGUAAACUGGUUGAGGGAAAAAAGAAGACUGGGUGUGUUACAGGAUGUGACAGCUGACCAGAACUGAAGACAGAUAAUGAGAGCAUCUAAGAAGGCCUGGCCCAGAGAGCUGUCCACAGCAGCAAGCACAUAUUAUGGGGACAGAGUUGUGGGAGUCUUCAGAAGAUCCACAGAGGAUGUGAACCUACUCGAGAACUUGGCUCAGGCCCUAACCACAAGUGUCAUCCAGGUGAUUUGUUGUGAUUGUGCUCUAUGUGUAUUCCUGCUAGAAGCAAUUACCAUCUCUAUAUGUAUGUUAAGUGCACUUUGAGGAAUGUGACCCUUUAUUCUCACCUAAUAGAGAAAAGGAAGAAUUUCUAGACUUGAGGGGAAAAAACAAAAACAAAAAAACAAACAAACCAGGAAGACAUUCCAAAUAAGAGCUGGAAGGGAA